GGGCUUGGAGGCGGGGCCGGGCCCAAGGCCGGCGACCUGAGGACCGAGGGGUCCGAGCUGGAGCUAUGAGGACUGCGCAUACAGCUUUCGUUGUCAGUUUGCAUCUGUAUAUUGCUUCGUGCCCUAUCACCAGCAGAUCAAGUAGGAAGAUUAAACACUUUAAGAUGAGAAAAGUUGAUCUUUGUUUGAGCUCUGAAGGGACUGAAGUUAUUUUAGCUACAUCAAGUGAUGAAAAACACCCACCUGAAAAUAUGAUUGAUGGAAAUCCAGAAACUUUUUGGACCACCACAGGAAUGUUUCCCCAAGAGUUCAUUAUAUGUUUUCACAAACAUGUGAGGAUUGAAAAGCUUGUAAUCCAGAGUUACUUUGUGCGGACCUUGAGGAUUGAAAAGAGUACUUCUAAAGAGCCAGUUGAUUUUGAGCAAUGGAUUGAAAGAGAUCUAGUACAUACAGAGGGGCAGCUUCAAAAUGAAGAAAUUUUGAUAUGUGUUAGGAAUUGGGAUUCUUGGUGCUAUAACAUCAACACCAGAAGAUAGAAUCAUAGGGAGGCCUGGUGUGCUGCGAUUCAUGGGGUCACAAAGAGUUGGACAUGACUGAGUGACUGAACUGAACUGAAUCCUUGUUUUAAAUGAACAGCAAUGAGUCUGAUAUAUCUUCAUUACUGACUGAUCACAAGUUGUUCCUUUAUCCUCACUGGAAAACUUCCAGAUAUGUAUUUGUAUAAAUCAAUUCAUUAUUACUUUUA